UAAGCUUAAACCCAACAACCUGAUAAAAUUAGAAAAAAAAACAUGUCUGGCUUUCUUGGAAAACUAUCUCCAACCAAAAGGGUAGUAGCUGGCAACAAUGAUCUUCCUCUGUUUAAUGUGAACCAGACUUCCAUGGAGAGAUGUCCAAGAGACACACCUAGAGUUUCCGCCACACUCGCGGAGCUUCUCAUGAACGUGGAGGACGCAAGAAAUGAUCAACGUGGUUUAGAAAUGGCCUCACCUCUCACUUCUUCAGCAUCUUCUUUCAAUUCAUGGACCUCAGCUCCAGCUUCUUCCAUCUCAUCUUCCCCUUUUGUUCUUUCCUUCACCGACUUGACCUAUAGCGUGAAGAUCAAGAAAAAGUUCCCUCCCUUUUGUGGAAACUCAUCAAAUGAUCCUGCCUUGAAUACUAAGAUACUACUGAAUGGUAUCUCAGGUGAAGCCCAUGAAGGUGAGAUGAUGGCUGUUCUUGGAGCGAGCGGGUCAGGUAAAUCAACGCUCAUCGAUGCAUUAGCCAGCCGUAUAGCCAAAGACAGCCUCAGAGGCUCCAUCACUUUAAACGGGGAAGUUCUUGAAUCCAGCCUCCAGAAAGUCAUAUCUGCUUACGUGAUGCAAGACGACCUCCUCUUCCCUAUGCUCACCGUUGAGGAGACUCUAAUGUUCUCAGCAGAGUUCAGGCUCCCUCGCUCCUUAUCCAAGAAAAAGAAGAAAGCAAGAGUACAAGCUUUGAUCGACCAGCUAGGCUUAAGAAGCGCGGCAAGAACCGUGAUUGGUGAUGAAGGACACCGAGGUGUAUCUGGAGGAGAAAGGAGACGUGUUUCGAUUGGGAUAGACAUUAUCCAUGACCCUAUUAUACUCUUUCUUGAUGAGCCAACCUCGGGGUUGGACUCUACAAGUGCCUAUAUGGUCAUCAAAGUGCUUCAGAGAAUCGCGCAGAGUGGUAGCAUAGUCAUCAUGUCCAUACACCAACCUAGCUACAGAAUCAUGGGCUUGCUAGAUAGACUGAUCUUCCUCUCUAGAGGAAACACAGUCUUCAGCGGCUCGCCGACAUAUCUCCCACAAUUCUUCUCUGAAUUUGAUCACCCGAUCCCUGAGAACGAGAACAAAACAGAGUUUGCUCUCGAUCUCAUCCGGGAGCUGGAGAAUUCUCCAGAAGGAACCAAGAAACUCGUCGAGUACCACAAAGAAUGGAGAGCAAAACAAGCAGCAGCAAGAUACUACAACAACGGUAUCACUCUCAAAGAAGCGAUCACCGCGAGUAUCUCCAGAGGGAAACUCGUCUCCGGAGCAACAACAAACUCUCCAUCAUCAUUCCAAACUUACGCAAAUCCGUUCUGGAUCGAAAUGAUUGUUAUUGGCAAACGCUCGAUACUAAACUCAAUGAGGCAACCAGAGCUCAUCGGAAUGCGUAUAGGAGCAGUCAUGGUCACAGGAAUAAUCUUAGCCACAAUGUUCACGAAACUAGACAACUCCCCCAAAGGAGUCCAAGAACGUCUAGGCUUCUUCGCCUUCGCAAUGUCUACAACGUUCUACACAUGCGCAGAAGCCAUCCCUGUCUUUCUCCAAGAACGUUACAUCUUCAUGAGAGAAACUGCUUACAACGCGUAUCGAAGAUCCUCCUACGUCCUCUCACAGUCCAUAAUCUCCGUCCCUUCACUCAUCUUCCUCGCGGCAAGCUUCGCAGCCACCACUUUCUUCGCGGUUGGUCUCGCUGGAGGCCCUAGUGGCUUCCUCUUCUUCUUCCUUACAAUCUUAGCUUCCUUCUGGGCCGGAAGCUCCUUUGUAACGUUCCUAUCCGGCGUCGUAUCGAAUGUUAUGCUUGGAUUCACUGUAGUCGUAGCGAUCCUCGCUUACUUCCUCCUCUUCUCGGGAUUCUUCAUCUCUCGUGACCGUAUCCCUCUUUACUGGAUCUGGUUUCAUUACCUCUCGCUUGUUAAGUACCCUUACGAAGGUGUUUUGCAGAACGAGUUUGAGGAUCCGACAAAGUGUUUUGUCCGAGGGAUUCAGAUAUUUGAUAACUCGCCGUUGGGGCAGUUUCCGAGCGCUGUGAAGCUGAGUUUAUUGAAGAGUAUGAGCGGUGUUUUGGGGAUUAAUGUGACGGCGGAGACGUGUGUGACGACGGGGAUUGAUAUUCUGAAGCAGCAGGGGGUUACGGAGAUUAGUAAAUGGAAUUGCUUGUGGAUCACGGUAGCUUGGGGGUUCUUUUUUAGGGUUUUGUUUUACUUCACGUUGUUGAUUGGAAGUAAGAACAAACGGAGGUGAUGAAGCACAGUUUGUUUUUUCUUUCUUGAUUUGUCUUAUUGUCUGAAAAUCAUAAAAACAUUGUCGUGUUUUAUUUUAUUUUUAAUGCUAAAUAUUUGUAUUUCUUUGUUACUUAUACUAAUCUAUUAAUUAAAAGUUGUAUUUAAUCUCCCCUUGAGAAGAAUGA